AUGCCAUUGUCUGAUUGUGAAGUUCUGAACACCGGCUACAGUCACCAGCUCCCUAUCAAGUCCUGCAGCCCUAGGUCCCGAGGACUGAAUCCUUAUCAAAAGCUACUCAGACGAUUUUACGAGCCAUUGUUCCUCUUGGAGACCCUAGGUCAAGCACGUGGAGAACACAACACUGCCGUUCCUAUGAUGGAUCCGCGGAUAGCACAUCGGCGGAAGUUCUUGCAGAACCUCUCAUAUAUUUGUGACUUUGAAAAGGGCGGCAAUUCAUGCACUGCACUCGGGGUUGAAGAAAGAGACACAUACUACAAAUUUUGGGUCGCUUCAAAUUCAGUCAAUCGGAAGGUGGUUGAGUUUCUAGAGUCGGCUCUGAGCACUUUGAAAAUCGCUGGCUCGCAUGGCCCAACAGAGUCGGAGCGCGAUAAGAUAGAUUUCGUGGACUUCUGCAUACGGUUUGCAUCCAGUCGCGUGAAGAAAGAGACUCAAAGUCUAUUUCGGGCAGUCAAAGCAUGCUAUUCCAAACAGAAUCAGUGGAAUACAGACCCAUGUUGGUACCUUCUCCUUGAAUGCAAGUAUAAAAAGUUACUAAUGGAGAUUAUAGCAUUAGACAUAUGGCUUGACUCAAUCUUGGCUCAUAAAGACAGCUUUAGCCUAUGCAAAUUUGCCUACGAAAACCGUCAUUCCAAAUUUGUGGAUAUUUUGACAUUUAGUGCCCAGAAUGAGGAGAAAAAAAUAGGCCCACAAGGGAGGAUGACAUCUUUUGCCAUAGCAAAACAUUACUUGGGACGCUUAGCGGCCCAUAUUCGAGCACCUCAACAGCUUUUUGAGGAUGCUGAGACUUUGGACUAUAUGCUUGAGUCGUGCAAAGUUGAUUACAUUGAACCAAUUCCUUCUGUACCACAGCCAAUAUUUGACUCGCAAACCACGCUGGAGGGAAUUCUUUACCGAAUGCUCAAGCAGAAUGACCCGGAACGGCUGGAAAUUGAAAGAAAACUUAUCUACAUGAAUAUGGGAAACGGCAUCCUUGAAAAGCUCAACGAACAGUACCAGCGCUGCGUGCCACAGGUUCAUGCUGAGGUGCAGGUUCUCGAGCACUUUCACAAGAAGAAAUUGCACUUUGUGGAUGCUGACCGUUACAUUGCUUGCAGUAAACCUUCUUGUGUUUGCUGUGAAAUGUAUUUUAAGUACCACCCAGCUCGCAUGGACGCGCCUGAGUGCCAUCGCAAGGUGUGGAUCAAAUGGAGUCCACCUUUAGUGAAGGUUUUCACAAAGAAUCUUCCGGACUUUAAGCAGCAGCGACAAAUCAUAAAUAAGAUGACUGAAGACAUACGAAGUGAUGUUAUCGCACAAGUUUUGGAAUAA